GCGGUGCCAAGAUGGACGCUUCGGAGGCUCGGGAGCGGCUCCGGCGGCGGUACCUGGUCCCGCUGGACGCCGAGGCCCCGCUGGAUGGCGAGCGCGACGCCGAGCCGGAAACCUCUAGAGCUGUUGAAAAAAAGGAAAAACCACUUCCAAGACUUAACAUCCAUUCUGGAUUCUGGAUUUUGGCAUCCAUUGCUGUGACCUAUUAUGUUGAUUUCUUUAAAACCCUUAAAGAAAACUUUCAUACUAGUAGUUGGUUUCUCUUCGGUGGUGCCUUGUCGCUUGUCAGUUUAUCAAUUGCGUUUUACUGCAUAGUCUAUCUGGAAUGGUAUCGGGGAAUUGGAGAGUAUGACGUCAAGUACCCAAUGCUGAUACCUAUCACCACCGCUACUUUUAUUGCAGCAGGAAUUUGCUUCAACAUUGCUUUAUGGCAUGUGUGGUCGUUUUUCACUCCGUUGUUGUUAUUUACCCAGUUUAUGGGGGUUGUAAUGUUUAUCUCACUCCUUGGAUGAUUUCUGAAGAUUUAAGGACACAUAAAUUCAAAGUGAAUGAUUAAACAUGCAGCUAGCUGAAAUCAUCACAGACAGAUAAUGGAAAAACUACAGUGUGUUUUUGCAUCUACGAAGUGAGUGGUUUCCUUGGAAAAAUUGUGACUUUGUAGAUCUAUUGUGGAAAUUAGAAUAAAUUAUAUUUCAUUUGCAUAUUGUUAAACUCAACUGAUUACUGAAUAUUUCAGAAGUCUGUGUUAUUUAGAAAUAACUAUUUUGCAAUGUUAAUCUGUGUGAAUCUUUGGAGAAAGUAAUGGUUUCAUUAAAGGUACAUAACACACUCCCAAUUUUUUAAAUAAAUUGUUCACUCUUCCAUUUUAAGGAAUAGCAGUUCAUUGUAUAAAAUGUAUCAAUAAGAAAUUUCUCAGCUUGGCUGACUGGUCUGUGCAGUUGGUUAGAGAAUAGUGCUGAUAACACCAAGGACCAGGGCUCAAUCCCUGUAAUUGCCAGUUGCCAAAAAUAA